AUGGCUUUGUUCAAACUCCCCUGGAAAUCAAUUUUCGAAGUGCACCAGGUCGAAAAGUCUGGCGCUAAAUUCAAUGAGAAAUACCCAGGGUUGUUCGACACCUCAGAAGUGGGAAAGGUGAAAGGCGUGCAGGUGAAAUUGCAUGUGUCUGAUGAGAGCCCUGUUUACCGAAAGGCAAGGCCGGUACCACUGUCAAUUCGGGAGAGCUAUGUUGAGGCUCUGAAUAAAUUGGAAGCAGAUGGUAUAAUCGAGAAAGUCAAGCAUUCAGAAUGGGCCUCCCCCACUGUCACGGUAGAGAAAUCAGGAGGUGGGUUGAGAAUCUGUGGUGACUACAGUGGCACUAUCAAUCUGCAUUCUAAAUGCGAGCAAUACCCGCUACCCACUCUUGAGGAGCUAUUGCACAAAUUGGGCCCGGGGUCUAAAUUCACGAAGCUGGAUUUGUCGCAAGCCUACCACCAGCUAGAGAUAGCACCUGAAUGUCGGAAGUACACCACGAUCAAUACCAUGCAGGGGUUGUAUCAGUACAAACGACUCCCUUUUGGUUUUCACAGCGCCGUAUCUAUUUUCCAACGGGUAAUGGAAGAAAUCCUUAGCGAUUUGCCAGGAUGCGGGGGCUACAUCGACGAUGUGUUGUGUACUGGUCGUGAUGAGGAGAUCCAUGAGAAAAAUGUGGAUCAAGUGCUAUCUUGCCUAAAUGAGAAAGGAUUCAAGCUCAAUCCUAAGAAGUUCAGCUACAUGGCGGAUAAGCUAACGUACCUCGGUCAUCAGGUAACCGCGCAGGGAAUCGCACCCUCGCCUGAUCGAGUGAAUGCCUUGAAAGUCGCAAAGCCGCCUAACAACGUGAAUGAAUUGUACUCUUUUCUGGGUGCGGCCAAUUUUCAACGGAAAUUUGUACCUCGGUUCGCAGAGAUUGCGGCACCACUGUACAACCUGCUCAGGAAAGAAAUGAAAUGGCAAUGGAGCAAGGCAGAGGAAGAUGCAUUCCAGGCCUUGAAAGAUGCAAUGUGUGAGCAUACGCUAUUAGCACACUACGAUGUCAAGAAGCCAGUCACACUCCAGGUGGACGCUUCUCCAAUGGGUCUAGGUGCCGUACUAUUGCAAAGGCAAACGAAUGGUGAUGUUUUGCCGGUUGCUUACGUGUCAAGGAAAUUGACACCGGCUGAAUCGCGUUAUGCACAAAUCGAACGGGAAGCCGUAGCUGUGGUUUUCGGUGUUACGAAGUUCCAGAAAUACUUGCUAGGGCGCCACUUCACGCUUCAAACCGACCACCAACCACUAUUGAAGUUACUGGGAAACAACGAACCAGUUCCUACACUUGCAUCAGCUCGCAUCAAGAAAUGGGCACUAAUGCUAGCUGGCUAUGAUUAUGAGAUCAAGUAUUUGCCAGGCAAGGAAAAUGUCUACGCGGAUUUCCUGUCUAGGCAACCGUGUGAGAAUAUCAGUCCGUCUGCAGAGGAAAUGGUUACGGUUCGUGUCUUGCUAGUGGAGGAAGAUACGAUAAUCAAAGCAGACGUAGUGAAAUCGGAAACAGCUCGUGACCCUGAGCUAUCUAAGGUGCUCUACUAUGUGGUGAAUGGUUGGCCUAGCUCAGUACCCCAAUCGUUUCGGUCUUACCACAAUAAGAGGGAUGAGCUGUCUGACGAAGAUGGUAUCCUAUUGUGGGGACAACGAGUUGUCAUACCCAAAUCACUAAGAAUAGUAUUGCUACGUGAUUUGCACACGGAGCACUUUGGCAUGGUCAAAACCAAGCAAAUGGCACGACGGUACUUAUGGUGGCCAAAUGUGGAUCAAGAGAUUGAAAUGUUGGUCAAGGCAUGUGCUCAAUGCCAAGAAAGUGCAAAAUGUCCACCUGCCAAGUCGGGAACCUGGUCAUGGCCAAACGGUCCAUGGAAACGGGUGCAUAUCGACUUUGCAGGACCAUUCAUGGGCAAGAUGUUCCUGGUUGUGGUGGAAGCAUACACAAAGUAUCUGGAUGUAAUUGCAAUGUCUAAUGCCACGUCUGCAACCACUAUUGCCGCUCUGCGGCACGUGUUCUCUGUGUUUGGUCUGCCGGAGCAUCUUGUUUCAGAUAAUGGAACCCAAUUCACGAGCGAGGAAUUCAAGGCUUUCCUCCGUGCCAACGACAUUGUGCACACCCUGACGGCUCCAGGCCAUCCGGCUACGAAUGGACUUGCUGAGCGCUAUGUGGGUGUGUUUAAGCAGAAGUUGAAGGAAAUGGGUGCAACGAGCGAACCACUGCAAGCUCGGCUCGACAGGUUUCUGCUAACGUACCGCACGACAACCAACCAUGCCGGCAGAACACCUGCGGAGAUGAUGUUUGGACGCCAGCCACGCACGCGGCUCAGUGCUCUGCGUCCCUCGCAGGUACGUCAACAAGCAAAGGCUUAUGAGGACGGAAAUCGCGUCAAGCCAGCGUUCACAGAGAGCGACUCUGUGUUUGCGCUGAAUUUCGGCAAAGGUAAUCGUUGGGUCCCGGGACGAAUUGUGCGUGUCCUCAGUGACUACAACUAUGAAGUACAAGUGGGUGAUGUGUUGUGGAAGCGUCACCGAGAUCAGUUGCGUCUACGGUCAGUUCCGGCAAGCUUGAGUGCAUCGCUGCCAGAACCACUGUUGGAUACAAUCGAUCAGACGUCACCGUCACCAGUGCUGUCAGACGUAGCAGAGUCGUCACUGGCCAGUGAUUUUCCGGCUAGCGUCUCGCCACAGUCUGCUACUGUACAAGUUGAGGCGGAUCCUCCUUGUGAGCAGUCUGCUCCUGAAGUUGGUUUACCACAGGUCGAGAAUACUCCCUGUGAAACCACUGUUAGACGUUCGUCUCGGCGUAGUGUUCGUCCGGAUAGACUGAUUGAACAGUUUUGA